AUGAACGAUUCGCCCAUCCUCGUCAAGCCCAAGCGGCUUUCGACUCCCACACCCGGCCAGUUACUGGCCGCUCGACAGCGCCCUGCCGAUGAAUUUUUUACUCAUCUUGACCCGGCGAAACUUGUCGAAGCGCUAACACCGCCUGACGGUGUUUUAAGGGGAUGCCUCGCAGAAGCUUCCGCCGUCGACCGGGACUUCGCAAUGCGAACGGCCAUGGCAUCCCACGAAAUCUGGCAAUGGCUCGACGAGCUGGACCAUUGGAAUUGGCCAAAACACGGGGGUUCCGAGGGUUUCCUGGAGCCUAGCAAUACGCAAAGGAAGCUUUUCGCCCAGGCCCCGGCCCCUGGAGAGGAGGCUGAGAAGAAACAAUACAUGGGAAGCCUCCUCGCUGAAGAGGUGGAAAAAUACGAAUCAAGAAUCAACCAGAUCAAUCAAGCUAUGGAUAGACUGGAUCUGGAAGAGAUCAAAGGUCACGUCAUAAGCGACCACAUCCUGCCGCUGUCAAGGCCGGGUACCCCAAUGAACAUGGACCCCAGUCGAUCGAUGCUAUCGGCCUUAUCGAGCUAUCACAAAAUGGAGGACAUCUCUGUCCUCAUCACCGCCAUUGUUAUACGAACCCUGCCCAAUCUGGCAAAACUGUCUCGCCAGCUGCAGCUGUGGCACAUGCGCAUCAUCGUCCUCCGACAUGUCAACCCCUUUUUGCAAGCGAUCCAGGAAGUGGAAGCUCUCCUUGGCGAGAACUGGGAAGCUAUUUCCCAGUCCCACUGGGAGAUGGAGCAACCCAGUAGAAAGGCCAUUGUCCUGCCUGCCCGCACCUUGACUGACAAAGACUUUGAUGCCCGGAAACAGUCACUCGCACUCAAAGUUGCCGAGCCCGGCCGUACUUUGGAUUAUAUGCUAGACUGCUUGGAGAGCUCUCCAGACACGCUCCCAGAUGACUGGCUCAACCGCUUGGAAGAUGUUGAGCAGGGCUUCGGAGAGUGGGUUUCUGCCUGCGGGCGAAUGAUGGCCGAGGCCAAGCUGGCCAAGACCAAGGCUUCAACCAGAAAGGCCUCCUCACUAUCGCCGUCUCCAACGAGGGCCCGCCAAUCCACUUCCGAAAGAGAGGCGGGUUCGGGAAGCAACAAACUCUCACCGCCAUUGUUGCUAUUGCCCCCCAUGGGUGAUUCGGACCAUGGAGCAUAUCUCGACCCAAUUGCAGAAGAUGAAUUGUCCUCGUCCGAAGAUCAUCCCACCCCCGAGUCUGGAUCCUCUCCUGAAGAUCCCGUCAUGGUAGAUGAUCAUAUGUCAGCUAUCAGCGAGGAAGAUGAGCUGGAUCUACCACCUCUGCCUAACGGGCCCAGUAACUUUGGCUCCCCCACAUCCAGAUACGCCGACGAUGCUUCAAGCGAUAUGCCUGAAAUCUCUGCAUCUCCUGCCGUUCCUAGGAGUCGACUCCGCGAGGCUCUGUACGCGGAUGGCGAUAGCCCACCAAGCUCGCCUCCGGAAGUAGAGCGCCGUACUAGGGAAAACAUGGGUCUCCUCGACAGCCCCAUGGUUGCGCCAAUUGCCGAGGACGACGAGUCAUUUUUCAGAUCAGCGUAUGAUGAAGAUUCCUUCUUGGAUGAUUUUGAAGAUUCGUAUGCUCCCGAUCUGCCCGACGUGCCCGCCCCGCCCUCUCGCCGAGAAAGUGCGGGAGAGCAGCAACUGCGCCUGCAAAUCACCCAGAUUAUCGAAUCUAUACCAGCUAGAAUCAAGCUUACCAAUGGAACGUCGGGCAUCAAUCUUAACCCGCCAGACCUCCAGCUCCCUCGGCUGAGGAAGAAAGCCUCCAAGGAACCAGUCAAGCGGAGCACAUCGGGCAUGUCAACCCGAACUGCCACGCCUUCAUUUACCCUGUCUCCUGUCAAACAAAGGACGCGCUCCAAGGGCCACUAUCCGAUUAGAGUUUAUCAUCUCUCCAGAUCGGACAACGAGGCUCCCAUUAAGCUAUUCAUCCGUUGCGUUGGAGAGCAUGGAGAGCGAGUCAUGGUCCGCGUAGGUGGUGGAUGGGCCGACUUGUCCGAAUACUUGAAGGAGUACGCUAUGCACCAUGGUCGCCGUUCGACAGGCCAAGAUAGGACCAAGGUAGAGGUUCGCGAUAAUACUCGGACUCCUGGACCUACCCACUCCACCCACUCCAGCCCUCCUAGCCGCUCCCCUACCACUGCCGAUAACCGCUCUUCUACCAGUCCUAUGCCGACGACACGCAAGUCACGGAGGAGCAGCGUCAAUAGUUCCUUGCGGCCAAAGACCCCGGUAACCCCAGGCCAACCGGCGCAAGGUACACCCCCAUCUGAGGGCUCAGCAAUUUCGAGGCCUAGCUCUCGGCAAAGCUGGGUAGAGGAUGAAAGCUCCUUCUUGGGUCUAGCAGGACCAAGAGCUAAGAAGAUUGAAAUGAGUGAAGAGAGCAAGGCUUGGGUUGAAAGCAUUAAAGAGAAGGUACUCAUGGCCAGCAGCAGUGAUAAGAAGCCAAACGAGAAGAAGUUUGGCGAGAUUGGAAAGGCUGGAGGCACCAAGCGCGUGUUUAGGAAGGCCUAA